CUUCCCAACUAAUUCUCUCUCACUCAUUCCCCUUUUAUGAUUUAUUAAAACAAACCCAAAGACAAUAUAUCAUAUCAUAAUAUCAUACUGUCAUAGCUUUUUAAUUUCGGCUAGAGUUAUAUUGAAUUUUUUUUUUUAAAUUUACAUUGAAAUUUUUACCGGGAAAGAAGGAAGGCAUACCGGGUGGUGAAUUCCUCCCGGUGCCUGUGAAAGGACGAAGAAGUGGUAAACGUGCCAACAAAAACCCGGCCAAUGUUGCGACCAAAAGGCGUAUGGGGAAUGAAGUUGAGCGUGUCGGCGUUUCGCGCUCACGCUUCAGCGCACAAGAAGAUUCUCAACUCGACCUAUCAGAGCACCCUUAACUAUGGUGCUACCUGCAGUACGUCACACCAGGGUGCUGGAAACCGGUACUCGAAAAUUUCUAAGGGUGAUGCCGGGAUGAUCAGACCGAGGAGAAGCAGCGGCAGUGGAAACGGAGGAGGCCCGAGCGGCACAGGAAGCAGCGCAGACACUCACGCCGUACCGAUUGCAACCGAAAAUCACCCGACGAGAAAAGCCGCGAGGGCCGCCUCACCUCCCAACCGCACAAGAAGUAACCAACGGUGGAUGAAACUGAGGACGACCGUCCAACUUUCUGGUGCGAUACAGAAGAACAAAGCACAACUAAAAAGAGAAGAUUCUUUUCUUAAACGGUUUUCUACACGACAAAUUCCAGAACCGCAGGGGACAUUAGAUACUGGAGACGACGAAGAAGGGGACAGCGAGAUCACGUCGAACGGCACGAUCACAGGCGAAAAAAAGAGCCGGAAGAAGAAAAAAAGACGAAAGAGGCCUCCUGCCACCGUCAUCAAUCCAGACGGUCGUUUCUUCUACUACUGGCUGUUACUAAUAACCGUCUGCGUCCUGUACAACUUCUGGAUCCUGAUAGCAAGGCAUAGCUUCCCGGAGCUGCAGGACAGACACAACCGAUUUUGGAUGACGUGCGACAUUUUUACCGAUAUAGUGUUCAUUUUGGAUAUCGUCGUCCAGUUUAGGACAGGGUAUCUGGAACAGGGUCUUAUGGUCUAUGACACCAAGAAAUUGGCCGGUCACUACAUGGAAUCCAAUUCCUUCCUUCUCGACUUGAUAACAGUCUUUCCUCUUGAUCUGCUCCAAUUGAAUUUGGGCAUCAAACCGCUUUUACGUUUUCCUAGAUUUUUUAAGGUUCAUCGUGUAUAUCAUUAUUAUUAUAUCGUCGAAGCAAGGACUGUUUAUCCCAACGUGCUACGUGUUGUGAACCUAAUCCACAUCCUUCUCAUCCUCGCUCAUUGGUUCGGAUGUUUCUACUACCUUCUCUCCGAAGCCGAAGGGUUCCAAGGCGAUUGGGUCUAUCCGUACAGGCCUGGCGAAUACGCCACCCUCAGCAGAAAGUACCUCGCAUCGUUGUACUGGUCCACUCUUACGCUCACAACGAUUGGAGACCUGCCGACUCCUGAAACAAACGCUGAUAAAGGGGCAGCCAACCACUAUAGGAUUACAAGUAGAGGUCACAAAACUCGGCUCCUUCAGUUUCAUUCGUCUUGGGGAUAUAUUUUUACCAUUGUUGGAUAUUUAAUCGGAGUCUUCAUAUUUGCAACAAUAGUCGGUCAAGUCGGCAAUGUAAUUACAAAUAGAAAUGCCAACAGACUGGAAUUUGAGAGACUGCUGGAUGGGGCCAAAUCGUACAUGAGACACCAUAAAGUCCCAGGCGGGAUGAAGAGACGUGUCCUCCGGUGGUAUGAUUACUCCUGGUCCAGAGGUAGAAUCCAAGGUGGUGGUGAUAUUCACAGCGCUUUGGGAUUGUUGCCUGACAAACUGAAAACAGAAUUAGCACUCCAUGUCAACUUGAGUGUUCUGAAGAAGGUGACGAUUUUUCAAGAAUGCCAGCCGGAAUUUUUGCACGAUCUCGUUUUAAAAAUGAGAGCAUUUAUAUUUACACCUGGAGACUUGAUAUGCAGGAAAGGCGAAGUGGCGCGAGAAAUGUUUAUUAUUGCUGACGGUGUCCUGGAAGUUAUCAGUGAAUCUGGACGGGUGUUGACAAAAAUGAGAGCGGGCGAUUUUUUCGGUGAAAUCGGCAUAUUAAAUCUUGACGGGCUCAACAAGCGUACUGCUGAUGUGAGGUCAGUCGGAUAUUCCGAGCUUUUCAGCCUUUCGAGGGAAGAUGUUCUGACGGCAAUGAAAGACUACCCAGAAGCUCAGGAAAUACUACAGGAUUUAGGGAGAAGGCGGCUUAGAGAGGCUCAAAAUAUGAAUCGAGCUUGGAAAAAUUCAGUGAGAAGGCGUGAUAGGAGGACUUCAGCGACGAUUCCCAGACCUGAGCUACCGCCACCCCCAAAUCGGAGUAUUAUCGAGAAAAUUAAAGCAGAUAUGAAAGGUCUCAAAGAAGUCUUCAGGCUGGGAAGAGCGACAAGUUUCAUUUUUAGAAGAAAACAAGAAGACGUUGAGUUGCAACCUCUGACAAAGCCGAAAGAGCCGCCGGCCCCGCUGAAAGCGAAGCUCAGAAGAAUGCCUCGGGUGAACGAUGAAGCUUCGUACGAAGAGGCGAAGCCCCCGUCGACACCCAUCGGCGCAGGCUUACCAUUAUUACAAAGAUUGAAGCUAUUGAAAGAAAAACAGGAACAGGAGGCGUUACAAGCAAACCAAGAAUCAGCCACUUCAGACAAAACGGAAAAUCAAGAAUCGGGGUCAACUAGUAUAACAUUAUUGCAACGCACAUUUAUAUUAAAACAAAAAGACGAAGAUAAAGAUCCAAAAGAGUUAAUAGCUGUUUCAUCAUUACCUACAGUCAGUAAAGGAUUCGUAUCAACUGUCAGAACGCAAUUUCAGUUGCCUUCUCAAAGAAUGAUAAAACUGAUGAUAAAGGAUCCUGUAACAUUUACCAAUUCUUCGACUCCAAAAGAAACAACGUCCCCAAUCUCCGAUAAGCAAGAAAGUCAAAGUGUGCCUGAAAAAUCCAAUGAACCUAGCUUAACCGGGAGUACAGAGUCUGAACAUUUUCCGAAACACGACGAGUCGUGGAUGAUGAUUAAAAAGGCCGUAACACGACCGUACCCUCGGGAAGAUUCAUCACAAGGGAAAGAAUUCGUUUACGAAAGUUCCGAAGCGAAAUCCCUUCAGUCUGCUCAAGACAAUAAUGCUCAAAAAUUUGAUAGUGAAGCGACUAGAGUGAAAGAUAGAGUAAAACUGUACAGAUCCAUUGAAGAUUUAUCACCAGAAUAUGGAGAACUUCCAUUUGUUAAAAAAUUAGAAAUUUUAAACGAACGGCAGAAGUUGGAAGAAACACAAAGCCACGAUGAUAAAGCUAAUUCCGAUUUGUCGCAUUUGAGCGAUAGUUUUAGUUCCGCCUCUAGUGAACCUAUACCUCAAACUGUUAUAGAAGAAGUAGAAUCUCCUUUAAACGAACUUGUACAUACAGAAUUAAAUUUACAAGCUGAAAAAGAAACACAAAAAGGAGAAAUCUGUCUAUCACAACAGUUAAGUUCCCCAGAAAGUAAUGAGACUGUAGAAAGAAGAAAUUUAAAAAGUAUAUUGAAAAAAUUAUCAUCGGGUUCUAUGGCUCCUGGAGCACUCGGAAGCAGCGAAGAAACGGACAAUUCUGUCAGUCAGCCGUCCUCCUUGACAGAUAUGAAGAAGCUAAUGAGAGCUCAAACGAUAGAAGGAUAUGCAGCGAGGCACAGCAAAUUGACAAAAAAUGUCACGUUCAACAGGAUGGCUAUGAAUUCGUCGUCAACAUCCGGAAGUCUGACGCCGACGAGCAAUGGGGUUUUUCUCCCAUCUGAAGUACAAGACGCCAACAAUCGAAACGACACGAAUUCCCGUGGGACUCGACACAUUUCAGGAGAAUCAAUCGUUAGUGUUAAAGGAGGUAAAAAUCCGACCUGCGGUGAACCGUCCACAUCGGCCGGCACCUCUGCACAUUCAGCUGAAUUCUCACGGCCUACUCUAGUUAUCGAGCACACUAGAAAUCAAAAUUAUUCUAACAUCGAUCCUCAAAAUAAACAAACUGCGUUGCCUUACAUAGGUGAUCUCUUCGGACAAAUACGAGAAAUCGUAGAGGGGCAUUUGGAUGCCAUUGAAUGUAAAUAUGUGGACUUUUUUCACAAUCUGGAAAUCGAAGUGAGAAAAAGGGAUAAAACUAUUUCACAUUUGCAAGGCAGAAUUCAAGAGUUAGAGACUAACCUACAAGAUGAUGGGAGAGGUAAUUCGGAUACAAGUUUUGACGGGGACCACCCGUUUUUGAGAGCUGGUUCAGCCGACACUAUUCUUCCUGUCUCAGAUAAUUUAAACGAAGACACAGAUCAAGAUGAUUCAGAUUUACAUAGCCGACUGUCGACGGACAAUUGCUCGAUAGAAGAUCAUUCAGACGGUUCGGUCGAAGCGUUAGACGGCAUGCCGAGAAAAGAUUACGUUUCUGUCGAUGUCGACUCUUCUGAAACUUCGUUUGAAUCAGAGUCUGAAGAUAUCGAUGACGAUAAUGAAUACGAUGUUAGUAAUAUAGUCGAUGAUGAUGAUGAUAUAGAUGAAGAGUUAAGAAACAAAUACCAUUAUAACUGGGAGGUUCAAAUGCUUGCUGAAGAACUGGAGAAGAAAAAAUCCAGCAGUAAGAGAGCAAUGAGCUUCGAUUCCCCACAGGGAACAAAUAUUAUAUCCUUAAGAAGAAGUAGUUUUGAUCAAAACAUACACAAAACGAGAAAACCUCUGGAGCUCUUUAGUACGGGGUCUUUAGAAAUUCAUAGAAGAUUAAGCACAUCAUCACUACCUAGGCGAAGAUGUAUGUCUAUAACUAAUAUGCAAAGAAAGAUGUCUACUAACGGUAUUAAAAAUACAGGGAACAUUGUUUAUCAAUCGAGUGGUGAAGAGCCACGGAUAUGUGAUUUGUCUUUGAUACCGACUAGUAAAAUAGUGAGUAAGGCUUCCGCCUUCGAUGAAUGUGCCUAUCCUGUGAGAACGGUACCGAUUAGUUCUACGAGUGUUAACGCAGGAUCUUCCAUGAGUCGUUUAAAUGCAUUCACCAGAAGAAAAAUAUUACUACCGUCUUCGAUUUGCCUCAAAGAAAAUCCACAGACCGGUGGUUCUUUCUCAUCGACUCCAGACGUCACAUGUUCCGAUGUGCAUGUUACCGGUGGCAGAGCCAGAAUACAUUCUUGCCCAGUAAGUUCCUCCGCCAAACCGGGCGAUUCGCCAGUUCUUGGUUUAGAAGCCGAUACACCGACUAACGAUUCUGAAAACGGCCAAAGAGUCAGUCCUACAGAACGGUCCUCACAAUCACCAGGCGUGUUCCCGUCAUCAGCCGAUACACUCUCCCCCGUCACAGGUAACCAAGGUUUACCCCCAUCAACAAGCAAAAAAUAAUUUUUCUAUGUAUUGUUUUUACAUGCCUUAUAAUGAUUUUUAAAUAAAAGAAGCAUCUGUAAAUAAUUUGUGCUUCAUUAAAAUUACAAAAAAUAUAUAUUUAAAAAUAUUCAGACCAAAUAAUGUCUUUCUUUCACAUCAUUUAAUUAGAUGUGGCCCUUUUGAUGUAAACUACCUAGUGUUUAUGUUCGCACAAUUUGUAAGUAAAUACAUACUAUAUUUUAUGUAUUGCAUGGUCAUACUAAAAUGAUAAAUGGACUGAAGUAAAAUAUUUAAACUGUUGUAAAAAGAAAUUAAUAAA